GGCCGCGGGCCGGGCAUGGAGUGGUGGGUCGGGGCCGCCGGGGUCUGGGACUCGCUAUGGGGAGCCGGCUGGGGCCGGUGGCCGUGCUGGGAGCUCCUGGCCGCCUGCGCCGUCAUCGGCGCCGUGGGCUGGCUGCUGCGGCUGCGGGACAGGAGGCCGGGCGGCCGCAGGGCAACAGCGGCCGCCAUCUCCUCCGCGACCCCUACGGCCUGCCCGGCUCCCCGCUCCGGCCCGGCGCCGCUGGCCGCGGGGAGCCGGCGCUGCAGCGGGAGCCGCCCAGGUGAAAUAACAAUGGAUACAAUAUUAUCCCGGUUGAAGAAGCUCAGCCAUGAUGAGCUUAGAGAAGAGAUUGUGAGAGCAGGACUGAAAUGUGGGCCCAUUACUGCAACUACGAGGUUUAUUUUUGAAAAAAAGUUGGCUCAGGCACUGUUGGAGCAGCAAGGAGCAUUGGAGGAGGAAGGGUCUGCUCUGUCAGAGGAGGCUGCUGGGAAUGGCCCCGUGAGUCUCAACGGCCACGGAAGCGCUUCUGAGGAGACAGACUUUGGGUACUGCRUGGGUGUGAACCCUCCAGAAGAAGAUGCUGUGACACACAUGAACUGUUCAGCUUCAGUCUGUGGUGCUGAUUCACAAAUCCCUGCCCAAACACCAUCCAGAGAUCCUCCACUCUUCUAUGGUGUUUGCCCAGUUUAUGACGACAUACUGGCAAGGAAUGAGAGAAUACAUGUUUAUGAAGACAGGAAGGAAGCUCUCCAAGCUGUUAAGAUGAUUAAGGGUUCCCGUUUUAAAGCUUUUACAAACAGAGAGGAUGCUGAGAAAUUUGCUAAAGGAAUCUGUGAUUAUUUCCCGUCUCCAGGCAAGUCCUCUUUAUGUUUGUCUCCACUGAAAAUGGGAUCUUUUAACAGAGAUGGCUUGUGCUCCCCUGAGGGYGAGACUGCAAGUAAGGAAAGAGCCAACAGCUACAAAAGUCCACGGACUCAAGAUCUCACAGCUAAGCUUCGGAACGUUGUGGAGAAAGGAGACACAGCCACGUUUUCAGACCUUAUUUGGAGUAACCCUCGUUAUCUGAUCGGGUCAGGAGACAACCCAACAAUUGUACAGGAAGGGUGUAGGUACAAUGUCAUGCAUGUUGCUGCCAAGGAGAAUCAGCCUGCUAUCUGCCAGUUAUUGCUGGACACUCUGGAAAAUCCGGAAUUCAUGCGGCUGAUGUACCCUGAUGAUAACGAUGUCAUGUUGAAGAAACGCAUCCAAUAUAUUGUUGACCUUUACCUGAACACACCAGAUAAAGGGUGGUUUGAUACUCCAUUGCAUUUUGCCUGCAAGUUUGGGAAUUUGGAUGUUGUUAACGUGCUUACCUCACACCCAGCCAUUGUAAAAAAUCCAAGAAACAAAUAUGAUCAAACUCCAGCAGAUGUAGUUUGUGAAAGAAGCAAGAACAAGUCUGCAGAACUGAAAGAAAAACUGAGGGAGUACUUGAAAGGUCGCUAUUAUGUCCCACUCCUGAGAGCAGAAGACAAUUCCUCAGCUCCAGUCAUUGGGGCGCCGUGGUCACCUGAUCAGACGGACGAGGGCCCCCAAAGAGCUUGGUCUAAAUACCCCGGCAGCCCCAAAGACCCAGUGCUGUCCAUCAGAGCUUUUGCAGGCCCCAUGAGCCCCUCUAAGGCUGAAGAAUUUCGCAGGCUUUGGAAGACUCCACCUCGAGAGAGAGCUGGCUUCUUUCACAAUGUCAGGAAAUCUGAUCUGGAGAGAGGUGUUGAAAGAGUUGGAAGGGAGUUAGCUCAUGAGCUGGGGUUCCCAUGGGUUGAAUACUGGGAAUUUCUGGGCUGUUUUGUUGAUCUGUCUUCCCAGGAGGGGCUGCGAAAAUUAGAAGAGUACCUGAAUCAUCGUGAAAUGAGCGAAAAGGCUCAGCCAGAAACAGGGGAAAAUGAAACCUGCAAUAGAUAUAAAACUCCACAUCCCUCUGGCAAAAGUAGAAAGUCCUGCAAUUCCAUUUCUGUUGGAGCAUUUUUGGAUGAGGAUGAUGAUGACAUGAGCUUAGAAGAAAUUAAAAACAGACAAAAUGCAGCACGAAAUAUCAGCCCCUCCCUUGUGUCCAAGGAGCCCAGCAUUGAUGCCAUUGGAGAUGCUGAGUGUGACAUCCUGUCCAUGGAGUGUGCAGGAGACAUCAUUGAGACCUCAGCUCCCCCUCGGCACUACGACAAGGCAGCUGCUUCCAGCAAAAAUGGGUUUUGCAGUCCCGUGUCCAGUGAGAGGAUUAUCAGUGACAGGAAGCAGCUGCGUGAUGGGGCAGAAUGCCUCAUGUCACCCGUUUCCAAUUUAAUGUCAGAAUUUGAAAACCUGUCAUUCCAAGAGCAAGAUAUUGCAGGAGUAUCUCAUAAAAUCACUGGAACUGAGAAUGAGGGAAUUCUGGACAACGCCUGCUAUGCAGCAUCACUGACCAGUUCUUCUGAGCCGAAUGUUACAGGAAAACCUGGAGAGACCAAGUUAAGGACAGACCACAAAAUGUCAUUAGAAAAGGAAAGAAUGUCCAGGGAAUCUGCAGUUCAGACUAAGGAGACACAACAACGUCAAGAGCUUUCUUCCCAGAAGUUUCUUUUGAAGACUUCACCCACAAAUGACAAUUUAAAGUUAUUCCUGCUUGGGGAGCAGCCCUCCAAGCUGGAUGGUGAUGUCUUAGCAGCAAUAGGAGGAGCAGAGAUUGAUCCCCAGAAAUACCCGAUGAUUUACAGAUGGAAACACGCGGUGCAGUCCUACUCCUCAUCUGACAGGCAGAGUUGGCCAAGYCCAGCACUGAAGGCAAGAUUCCGGUCCCAAACCAUGGCUGCUGGCCUUCCAAACACUUCAGUGUAUCCUCAUUCAGGAAGGAGCAGUCCCAUACCAGGAAGUCCAGGAAAACACGGCAGCAGCGCCUCGUUCCCUGCAGAGCCGGGGAGCCCUGGGCGCURCAGCCCAGCCUUUGUCCUGCGCUACUUCACAGAGCCUCCUGCCCACUAAAACAGCAUCAGCCCGGGACUUCAGGUCGGUUUUCAAUGUAAGAGUGGAGGAAAAACUACAAUGUUACUAAAGUGACAUGAGGUUUGUACUUGGCUAUUUAUUUUUCCUCAGUUGAGGACAACUGUAUGUUUAAAAAAUUGAAUAUAUGUCUUAAUGCCACAUACGAGGUAGAUUGUUACUGGUGAUAUGCAAGAAGUUCAUGACAGUGCAGUUGUCCAGCAGCUCUGAUUUAACCCUUGUUGCCAGUAGCACGGUGAGCUGAACUGUCACUUAGCAAUGGUGGUAUUUGCUGUCACUACUUACCCUUAUUGUAAUGAACACACAGCCCUCAACUGCCUUUCUUUACCUUGGAUAGUCGAGGAAAUGCAUCAUCAGCAAACAGAAUGGCAGAGAGGAAGUCGAUGGCAGAAGUGAAACGUUCUCCUGCUUGCAAGGGGAAUGCUCAGAAUGAAAAGCUGGGAAUGCAAGGACAGCUUUGCAGUGUGGAGCAGGGAUGUGAAACGCAGUGCAUAAGCAGAGGGUUUUCAGAGCCGGCAGGGCUGGGCAGUUGAUAUCCACACCCACCCUCACCUGACCUGUCUGUCCGUGUGUGUGUGCACAGAAUUGCACAGAGACCCUCGAGUCUGCUUGUUCUGAGGCUGUUACCCUGAUCUACUGAGUGCUUUAGAAAUGGGGCACUAGAGAAACUACUGGGAUUCCUUUAAGUGGUAGUGUGAACAUUUAAGAAAAAAAAACUUAAAAAGUAGCUGGGUUUUUUUUCCCCAGAGAAGCUGUUAACACUUGCAGAUUUUAAAAGUUAUUACACAAAAGCACAUCAGCAAUAAUCUCAGCAAAUUUACCAGCAMGAUCCCUUACCUUAAUGGUCUAGUCUGUAAUAUAUUAGCAUGAUAGCCAGUGGCCCAGGAGGUGGCUAUUUCCCAACUGUAAACAGAGAAGAUUAAGGACUAGAAAUAUUUUAUGAAAUCUGAGCUUUUACUGUGUCUCUAGUGUUGACAUGGUAAUGAGUUUUUGUUACAGCAGUCAGUAAUUUUAUUCUUCAGCCUUCUGCAAGAAUGACUUGUUUUGACAGUGAGAUGCUGAGGUAAGAAAGCUUUUCAAAACUCCAGUUUUCCUUAUCAAGCCGAAUGGUUGUAAUGUUGCAUGAAAGGCUUCCAGAAAGAGAGCUCUYGAUGUUUAAAAAAAUAGAAGACCUAUCGUGGGAGGCAGGAGGGGCUGGCCCAGCCUCCCCACACAUCCCAGCACUCCCAGGGCCAUUCCCGGCUGCUCACACGGCAGUGACUGUUCCUACACAAACUGUGCACCCUCAUAGGUUCGUAAUUGGUACAAACCUAAAACACUGCACUUAAUGCUUUYGCAAGCUCAGUAGUGCCUUUUGUAAUAUAUUUUUUAAAUUAAAUUUUUGUUCUUUUAGAAGUUUWAAAAAAAAAGUGGCAUCCACUUAYUAUGGGGCAGAUAAAAUACAAUUUUUCUCUGGGCUUUCUGAACAGGAUGUCUUUUAAUGUCUCUAAGUUGGGAUUAUUUGGUGCGAUAGCUCUCCACUGGGGGAGAGACUCCUCUUUUAGAAAUUAUUCUUAAAAAAAAAGAAAAAAAAACUUACUUCGCUGUUGUUUAAAUUAAGCCUAGUUCGAUGGAGGUGGACGUUAGAAAGAGUUACUUAAACACCUCUCAUUCAGUCAUUUUUCAGACAAGCAUCAGGGGCUUGGAGAAUGUCAUACUUUAGGAAACACCUUUAAAAAAAACARAAUCACAAACAUAACCUGCUGUUACCAAGUAUAUUAACUGACUUUUUCAUAAGGAGCUUU